AAAUUAUUUUUUAAUCUGGUUUUUGCUGUCUGUUCAUGCCUCUGCAAUGCGCUGGAAUUUAUUUGAUGUCAAGUCGAAAGGACAGCCUCAAGAAGGUGCCUUGAGACUGCUGGGUAGUGACCAGCCUUUUGCAGGGCGCGUGGAGGUGUACCACAAUGGCCAGUGGGGGACAAUCUGUGAUGAUAACUGGGACCUGGCUGAGGCAAAGGUGGUGUGCCAUCAGCUUGGAUUCCCAGGAGCUGUUUCAGCCAAGGUUGGAGAAACGUAUGGACAAGGUUCUGGUCCUAUUUGGCUUGAUGACAUCAACUGCAAGGGUUCUGAAAGCUUUUUGUCCAGUUGUCAUUUCAAAGAUUGGGGUGUGACUGACUGCUCUCAUAAAGAGGAUGCAGGGGUAGUCUGUGAGAGUGACAACAGCUUUGAGACUAACCACAAUUUUUCAGUGGAUCACAGUUUGGGUUUGUCCAAUAUCCUUGGAGCACUUUUUGACAGUGGAGACAACUGCGAUUUUUAUAUUCUGGUCCACGACCCCAGUGAGGAGCAAUCUGGACAGCAGCAGAUCUGUGUCCACAGGCUGAUCCUCUCUCUGUACAAUGACCUUAAUAUCACUAACAGCUCCUCAAACUUCUUAGUUAAGAUCAACCAAGCCUGCCAUCCACAUGUUACCAGUUUCUUCAGGUAUCUGUACACACGCAAGAUUGACGUCACCAUCACUUCAGCCCAAUGCCUACACCAGCUGGCUCAUAUGUUCGAUUUGCAACAGCUUCUGGAGGAUGUAGGCAGGGUCUUUAUUUCACUUCUUCCUCAGGAUAGCACAUUCCGCACCCAAGUGUCCCUGUAUGAGUACGGUGUCCGUGCCAAGGACUUGAUGCUGCAGGAGAACGUUCUGCAGCACCUCUCCUGGAACUUUGAGUUUCUGGUUAUUACUCCAGUGUGGAAUACUGUCUCCAUACAUAUGAUGGAGGCUUUGUUGUCUCGUUCAGACUUAGUGGUGAGUGAUGAAGCUUUUGUCCUUCAGGCACUGGAGGACUGGAUCAAGGACAAAGAAGAUGCGGUUAGUGCUGAGCGUAGGGUUGACUUGCUUGGUCAUAUUCGCUUCUCCAUGAUCCCAGUUGAAAAACUUUAUGAUAUUCAGUUUACCUCAAGUAUGUACAAGGGAAAUGAAUUAUUUUACAGCAAGGCUUUGAUGAAAGGUUUCCAAUUUAAUAGCCUGCCAUUCUCAAAAAUCAGGAAGCAUUUCAAUAACAUUGAAGACUAUCUGCCAAGAGUGUACACUUCUCAACCAUGGGGCAACGUCAUCAAUUCCACUGUCAAUCAGGUCAUUUACAAUUAUCGCUAUGAUUACCAGAGAGUUCGAAAUCUAAAUUCGUUUACAACACCCGUCCACAAUAGUGGGAUUUAUAUGCAGCAAACAAUCUCAUGGCAAACACAGAUUCUUACUACUUCUUACGAAUGCUCCAACCUAGGUCUCUCCUGUGACUCUUUCCCUGUGGCAAGGCUUUUCACUUCCUACAGAGAAAAUCAGGGCAUCGUUCGUUUCAACAACAGGCUUAUUCUCACAUGCAAGUCUGAAAACAUUGUCUUUCAUGUUCAAGAUUUCAAAAACAACAGGGCUGAUCUUCCAUCCAACACAACUCUUGCUAACCCCUGUCCCGAUGAUUAUAGCUUUACUUUUGUUGUGUGUCCAGAGUAUAUCUAAUAAUAUACUUUGUAAUAUGAAUUUCAAGGUCUUUGAUGGGGUUCUGUUUUCAUUUAAAUUUUACUUAAUCACUCUCAGGUGGCUUGGAAUGGUACCUAAUAUGUAGAUUGCAUUGUACUGUAUUACAUUUAGUGUUUUACUAUACAAUCCACAAUCAGUUUGUAGUUUUAUUUUCUAACCUAAAUCCUGUAAAACUAACUACUUGUGUACUCAAAGAAAGUCUCACAUGUUGUGUGAAACUGUGUUCAAAAAUGAAAUAAUAAAAGCUUGUGAAUCAAUAAAA